CAGGCGCAAGGACUAGUCGUCGUCGUCGUCGAAGAUGAAUAAGAAGAUGAAGAAGAAGAAGUCGUGACCGGUGUGUGUCGUCAGCAAGCGUCGUGAGUGACACGUUUGGAGGGUGAGACUUGAGAAUGCAUGCGAAUGUGUGGUGGCCCGAUGCUUUAAGUGCUUUUCACUGCGGCAGUUAGUCGUCGGAACGCGAUUUUUCUUACAGCGCUUCAACGCCCAGGCAUUGUUCAUUUUCCUGCUGGUGUGUUAAAGAAAUUUCGGGAGGUUUUAUGAUUUUUUCUUUUUUUUAAGCAGGAGAGGGAGAGAGAGAGAGAGAGAGAAGAGACGAGGAGAGAAGAGUGUUGAGGAGGAGAAGGUCAGACGAAAGCGUGCAUGGAAUUGCGUGCGUACUGGAGGGCGGUCAAGCCUAUGUGAAAUGGCGUCGCGCAGUUAGUCACGAGGUUGCUAUGUUGCUUCGAUUGCGCAGACACCGCGAGUUCGGGGGCAGGGCGGCUGGCGUGCGUACGUUGCGAUCAGUGAUUAUCGGAUGAUUUACACUGGGGCUGGGAGUCUUUGUUCGCAGCGCCGUGACUGACGCGCUCUGACCCCACAUAGGGACUCGUGGUCGUCGAGGUUGUCUGCUGCUCUGCUAUUUCAGUGGGCGUCUCGGCUGGGAUUGUGGGAUUAUAUAAGAGCACUCCUCAGGUUGCUCGUUUGCUAUCUGAGGACUACUUCCCGGACAUUUUCAAGAGUUUCGUGCAAUCGAUGGUUGUCGCGUGCCACAAAUAAAUUGCAGCUUUUUCCUCUGCUGAAUCUGCUGUGCACUUCAAUUAUCCAAGAGUUGAUUGUUCAUCUGCGUAUCGUGGCAGCGUUUCUACAAGGUCCUCAACUUUUCGUUGUCGGAGUGACGUCUCCAGACAAGUCAUACUUUCAUGCAGAGGGGGUAUAGCUAACAUUUGCUUUCGGUGGAGGUCAAGUGUAUUAAUCGGUGGAUCUGUUCCAAAGGGAUAGUUUUUGUUUGUCUGAAGUGACAUACCUCUGAAAGCAAUCCUUACACGCUGUUUUGGAGAGGCCAUAGGCAGCUUUCGUCAUGGUACUUAAAGUGAGCGAGGUUAGCGGGAUCCUUGACAGAUAUCACGGAGAUUUUGAAAGUGCGGAGGGAUUGCUUCGGGCAAGCUUUCCAAGUUUCGGUGAGAGUUUGGUUGGUGGAAUGACCCUGAGGUCUAAGCGGUCAGCAGUCUGCGCGGAGUCGCCAACCUCUUCGUGCGGGUCAACAUUGUCACUGUCUUCUAUACUGUCAACAUCUCCUGCAAAGGCAUCGGUUGUGAGUGCGAGCUCUGUCAGUUCAAAGCCCAUUCCUAUCGUUGCGCAGAAAAAACACAGCACUUACGUCGAGAAGGGUCAGUUUCACACAUGGAUCGGUGCAAUGAGGGCUCAGUCACCCCCCCAUAUUCUCUCACUUCACAGCGACACUCCCGAUGCUUUUGAUCUUGAAACUGCUGUGCAUAAAUCUUGGCUUGAAAGACAUCCAUCAGCCUUAAGCUCGUUUCAUAAAGUGAUCAAGAAUGCGCACAAGAAGCAGAUUGUGGUCUUUCUUGACUAUGACGGCACGCUGUCACCUAUUGUGGAGGAUCCUGAACGAGCUUUCAUGUCAACUGAGAUGCGAGCAACUGUGAAGGACUUGGCCUCGUGCUUCCCAACCGCAGUUAUCAGUGGAAGGUCUCGAUCGAAGGUGUUUGAUUUUGUGCAAUUGACAGAACUGUAUUACGCUGGGAGUCAUGGCAUGGAUAUCAUGGGCCCUGCUAAAAGCUCGGAUGGUUUCCGAGUUAAGGGUACCAAGUCUAGGGAUAAAAGGGGAAAUGAUGUUGUUAAAUUCCAGCCAGCAAGUGAGUAUUUGCCGGUCAUAAAUAAGGUGUGUAAUGCUUUGAUCGAAAGUACUAAAUCAAUUAAGGGUGCGAGCGUGGAGCACAACAAAUUUUGUGUGACAGUUCACUUCCGACGUGUGAACGAGGAGUAUUGGGAGGUGCUUGCAGAGAGGGUGCAAAAUGUUUUGAAAGAUUAUCCAACUCUAACCUUGACACAUGGACGAAAGGUUCUGGAAGUCCGCCCGUGUAUUUCAUGGGAUAAAGGGAAAGCUGUAGAGUUUCUGCUGAAGUCUCUGGGAUAUAAAGACACAGGUGAUGUUAUUCCCUUGUACAUUGGAGAUGAUAAGACCGACGAAGAUGCUUUCAAGAUGGUCAACAGGGCGAAGCAUGGCUGCAGUAUUUUGGUAUCUUCUGUUCCCAAACCAAGUGAUGCAAAGCUUUCACUUCAGGAUCCAUCCGAGGUUAUGGAAUUUUUGCGCAGACUUGUGCGCUGGAAGAAGUGGGGAUUGGAAAGCCGAAACAGCAUUCAAAUGGGUGUCUACGACUUCAAGUACUACCUGAGCUGAAGAAUGAAGUCCAGAUCUUACAUCGUCAAAAAUUUAACAUAGCACAUACGACAUUGCACAAGAAUAUCUGGAAGUUGCCAAAGGAUUGACGUACCAACCAAACCAGGCGCAGAAGAGGGAAAAUACAGGUGACAAAUCAAAGGCAAAAUCUGUAACAUUAAUCGGACGAUCCGUUUGCUGGUUAGGAUCAAAUCCAAGAUGGAAUCAGUUCAAGCAAAAGAUAUUCGACGAUCUGCAGUGGAAUCAAAAAUAUUCUUAGCCCAACAUUGAGGCUUGCAUUCUCUUUCGACAUAUUAGGUUGUCACAAAUGUGACCUCUGAAGUUGCUGCACUGGAUGUCUGCAUCCAAGUGAGACAUUUUGGGGAACCCUUACCUCCAUGUAUUAUUAUCCGCCGUGCGUUCUAGCAGGUUGCGCGAUUUUGCCAUUGUAAUGCGAAGCUUCAGCAUUCCUUUUUGUAGAAUGUCAUCGCAAUAUCCAAGUUCUUCAUUCGUCGAAUACCGCUCUCUUGUUAGACCCGAGUACACUACCUCCGCAUAUGUGAAAUAGCAACAUAUUUGACAUAGGAGUAGAUGCCUCAACAGUGAGCAGAGUAGGCUGGAAAACCCGACCUGGACCUGAACGCCAUGGUUUAUCAAUAAACGUAUCUGGAAUUCCAGUUCUAUAAAGAGGGCAUUGUUUGAUAUA